AUGAUCCGUUCUCCAAAGGCAUCUUCCAGUACCUUUGCUAGAAGAAUCCGCAACCCCCUCGGCUUCAGCAAAACAUACAACUUCAUCUUGUGGUUUAUCUUCGCCGGCGCAUUCGCAGGCUUCGCACUUGCGCGUCUCCCAUACCUAAACUUCGACAAGAACUUCUGCCCUUCGAUUCCCAAACCAGGGAACAGCGCCGCGCCUGGCGAAUGCUACUACUUCAAGACUUUCACGCGCUACAGGAUUGGCAUCAUUCUACAUCUUGCAGGUGUAUUGCCUGCCAGUUUACUCGCAGUGAUUCAGUUCACGCCGUUCAUUCGUCGACGAUGGAUCACCGUGCAUCGUAUACUUGGCUACAUGGCCAUUUUGUUCUACACCGUAAGCCUCGUCGGUGCGUUGAUGAUUGCGCGGCAUUCGUUCGGCGGCGGUUUGGAUGUGCAAGUCUGGAUUGGAUUUGUGGGGAUCGGAGUCCUGGUUUGCUUUGUGUUAUCGUGGGUAAAUAUCAAGAGGUUGCAAAUCGAGCAGCAUCGGGCAUGGAUGCUUAGGGGAUGGUUCUAUGCCGGAUCGAUCAUCACACAACGGAUCAUCCUGAUUACCUCCGUUGGUGUCAUCUCCGGGAAAGGGUACGAUGUUGUUUGGCCAUGUGCAAAGAUCGCUGCAACGAUUUCUGAUGCAUCGUCUCUGUUAUCCGAAUACCCUGCUUGUGCGUCCUUCGUAGAUGGCUCCAAUCUAGAGCAGGUAUCUGCUGUAGCGGCGAACACAGCCAGUGGAGUUGGUUUCGGAGCAGGAUUGAAUCUCAGUUUUGGAAUGGGACUCUGGCUCGCAGUUGCAAUCCACGCUAUUGGUGUUGAGAUUUAUUUGCAACUCACGCCCAGGGAAGCGGAACGUCUGAGAAAUGUCAGCUACCAGCGACAACUCGAGGCUGGGAUGCAAAAUCCGGGGUCUGCAGGUCUCACUGCUGAUCGAUUGGGCGACGCUGAUUUAUGGACGCCCAAGGUGCCCAGGAAAGGCAGUGAAGCAACAUCGAGUGCCGGUACUAGAGAAUUCUCUGAGCAGGAAGAGACAAAGUGA